CGCGGAGAAGAUCAUAACUCAGCCGCUCCCAUUCCUCACAUCCCUCUGCUCUCCUCAUUGUGCUCUGCUGACUCAGUGCCUUAAGCAUCAGCUGCUCUCAACGCCACUGACACAAACCACGACCAUUGUGGAAAUUAAUACGCAUUCUAGAAAGGAUACAAUGGCGAAAACAGCUAUCGCAUACAAGGAGAAGAUGAAGGAGCUGUCCAUGCUCUCGCUCAUUUGCUCCUGCUUCAACCCACAGACACGCAACAACAUUGUCUGUGAAUUUGAAGACAUGGAAGUAAAGCCCAUAAACAAAAGAGCCUCAGGACAGGCCUUCGAGGUGAUCCUGAAACCACCCUCACCAGUGUCAGAUGUGGCCCACAGCAUCACCUCCCCUCCAAAGAAGAGGGAUGUCUCACUGGAGGACAUCCAGAAGAAGUUGGAGGCUGCAGAGGACCGCCGGAGGUCACAGGAAGCUCAGGUGCUUAAAUCUCUGGCUGAGAAACGUGAGCAUGAAAGGGAUGUGCUGCUCAAAGCCAUGGAGGAGAAUAGCAACUUCAGCAAGAUGGCAGAGGAGAAGCUUAUUCAGAAGAUGGAGCAGAUCAAGGAAAACCGUGAGGCCCACCUGGCAGCCAUGAUGGAACGUCUGCAUGAGAAGGAGCGACAUGCUGCAAUCGUCCGCAGGAACAAGGAGCUGAGGGAAGAGCUAAUAGCGUGAAGUUCUCCUCCUCACAUCCAUCAUCAGCCAACCUGUCAUUCUAUCCUGCUCAUGCACACUCACACACAAACCCUGGGAAAAACCAAUCAAAAGCGACUAGUAUCACACUCAUAUACUGUUUGAACGGUCUUGCUUGAUUUCAUAGAGUAAUGGGAAGACACAAGUAUUAUUUUGUAAAUACCUCUUUUUUUAUCUAUCUGUCUAUCUAUGUACUAUCUAUCUAUCUAUCUAUCUAUCUAUCUGUCUAUCUACCUAUCUAUCAGAUUGAAUAAUAACAAAUCAAAAGUAUCACAUCUACGUGAUACAGUAUCACUAUGUUAAUUAUUUGAUUAUUAUUUGUCAGUUUACCAGUUUAUUGGUUCCGGCACGUCUGAUUUGAUCAUGUGAAAGGUGUUGAUGUUGUGAGUAAGCUGCUUGCUUAUGUUUGCAGUGUUAAAUGAUGUAAAGUUUGGUGUAAUUGUGAAGAAUGCAACAAGCUUCAGUGCUCAGACCCCAGAUAAGGGUUUACCUUUUAAAGUCAAAAAUGCCAACAUACCCAGACUCAUGAAUAUAUAGUGGACUUAAGUUUAUAUACAGCAUGAUCAAGACAUAUACACUUUUUCCUGAACAAAUAGCUUGAAAUAUGAGUACUGAAAGAAAUAAAACAUGUUAAUAGUGACUCAUUCGUAAACUACAUUUCAUAUGUAUGUUAGUUUCUUUGUUUUAAUAUCCUCUAUAAAAUUAAAUAUCACUCUUGUAAAAUGUUAUGAACAUCUGCAUGUUGACAUCUGCAAAUCUACUCUUUCAUUGGCUGACUCAGCAACCUUUUUGUACUUUCUGGACUAAAUAGCUUGCAUUAUGAUUGUAAUGAAAAAUAGCCAGCCAGUUCCUGUACCCAGAUUUCUCUUUUUGUUGCCUUGACUCACAUCCACACAUUGAUUCAAGCCAUCGGCACUCAAGGCUGAUGUUUGUCAUCUCUCUCUAGCAGGAGUAGACGUCUUCAUUAGUACAGUGGUGUAAUUAAGGGAGUUGUAUCUCCCCAAAUGUUUUAUCAUCUGUCUGGCUUGAUACAUUUGGUAACAUCUUUACCAGCUGAAUGUAUCCUCAUAUACUCCUAAAUACAGCCUUUGACGUGUGACUAUUUUCUAUUUUGUUUAUUUUGGUGCAAUGAGUGUGUGUGGCCAUGUUAGGUUGACCAAGAAUUUGUGUCCUUUCUUUCUGGAAGUGAAGUGAUAGGCAGAUGCAGAUUAUGCACUGAAUGAUUAUGAUUUUGUUUUUCAAAUCAUUGUCUCCUCUAUAAAUAUGCUUGAAGUGUCUGCGGCUGCCAAAUUGUCUUUCCCCCUCUCUCAUUUCUCUGUGUGUAAACUUUGGUGAAAAUAAAGGUUUGGGGUUCUGUGAA